GAGCCCGGCCGGGCUGCCCCCGGCGUCUCACGGAGGAGCGGGCCGAGGCGCGAUGGAGCGAGCCAGGGAUCGCUUACAUCUGAGAAGAACUACAGAACAGCACGUGCCAGAGGUAGAAGUCCAAGUGAAACGUAGACGAACUGCUUCCUUGAGCAACCAAGAGUGUCACUUGUACCCCAGACGUUCUCAGCAGCACCAAAUUCCUGUGGUGGAUUUCCAGGCAGAGCUGAGACAGGCGUUCUUAGCUGAGACCCCCAGAGGUGGUUAAACUCCAUUGGAACAUCAAGGUAGCAGAUUUCAACAAACUCUUACCUGCUGGUUGUGAAACAUCUGAACACCUUGCGUUGUCUGUAGGAGAACCUGCGUCAUACCUUUAUA